AUGUCGGAUCGUCGAGGCGGGCGCAGAGGGACACCUGGGGAGCCUGAGACUGCUCGAGUAUACCAGGAGUUUCUCAAGACGUUUCAGCCUGAAGACCCCACAGCGGAGAAGGCCUUUGUCAGGGGGGGCCUAAUGAAUGCGGGAUCCGGUCAGACGGCGUAUGAGAACAACAAGGGAUCGCUGUGGGUACCCACUGCUGCCCCCAAGUCUGCCGAAGCAGCGGCUGCUGCUGCAGCGGCCGCUGCGGCAGCUGCAGCCAACAACAGCGGCUCAAGCAGCACGCAGUCUCCAGUCCCUAAGCGGAUGCCAGGCCGUCCAGGGCAGAAGCGCGAGAUCGAUUCUUUCCUCGAAGAAAUCAAGAAGCGUCAGGAGCUUCAAGGCCAAAAGCGACGCCUCUACGAGAGGCUAAAUCUCUCCCGCACAGAGGAAGAACGCUGCGCCCUCCGCUACCAGAUAGCGGCGUUAGAGAAUGCGACGCGGCCACGCGGUGCUCCGCCGAUAGAUUUGGAGAAGGAGAGCUCGACGAACUUAUAUCUGGGAAACCUCUCACCUGAGAUAACGGAAGAGUUUCUUUGCCAGCAGUUUGGGAAGCAUGGGGUCAUCACCAGUGUCAAGAUCAUGUACCCGCGGACGGAGGAGGAAAAGAGAAGAAACAGGAACUGCGGAUUUGUUUCAUUUGAAACGAGACCCCAAGCGGAGUCGGCGAAAAACAGCCUGGACGGGAAAUCCUUCUACGGAAUGGUCAUUCGCAUUGGGUGGGGAAAGGCUUUGCGUCCCUCCUUUGGAUCCACUCCGUCAGGACAUAGCGCUGGAGGAUUCUCCGAUUCCCCCUUCCCCUCGACUGGCUUCUCCCCUCCGCCAGCGGCGUCCUUCAGCGUGGAGACUCCAGCAGCAACGCCAACACCUGCUCCUCCCCCCGAAGCCGAGUUGGUCGAAGUGCAGGUCCCUAAGGACCGCAAACUGAAAAUGGUGAUCGAUCUUUUGGCCAAAUACGUAGCUGAGGAGGGGCACGUAUUCGAGCAACAAGUCAUGGAGAAGUUUCCACCCGAAAGCGGCCGUCUGAACUUCAUCUACGAAAAAGAUUCGCCAGACAGCAUUUACUACAGGUGGCGUGUCUACGCCUUUGGGCAGGGAGACACUUUGAGGGCUUGGCGGCUCGAGCCCUUCUUCAUUUACUCGGGAGGUCGGCGAUGGGCUGCACCUCCAGAAAAGUAUUUCCAACAACCGGCUAAGAAGAAGGUCGAAGCUGCGGAGGAACGAAGCUUGCGGGCUGCUGCCCGAGGGGGAGAACGUCUCAGUGCCGCAGACCGCGAGGAGCUGGAAGAGUUGCUGCGCAACAUAACGAGGGAUAGGGCGUCCGUCUGCGCAGCGAUGACUUUUUGCAUGUCACACGGAAAUUGCAGUGCGGAGGUUUGCAGCUGCCUGACACAGUCCUUGACUCUCCCGGAUACGGCCUUGACGAUGAGGCUGGCGCGCACUUACCUACUCUCUGAUUUGCUGGCGAACUCGAGCGCACAGACAACACACGCGUGGACCUACAGACACCACCUGGAAAAAAGUCUCCCCUUCAUUGCGGAAAGCUGGAGCAAAGUGCUGGAGGACCUUCGCAUGGGGGUGGGUGUUGGAGGGGGCAGUCCGCGAACUCAGCAGGAACAGUGGCAAGGACUCGAGAGGGCUUUGUACAAAAUGACGAAGCUUUGGGAGGCGUGGGGAGUCUUUCCUCCUACUUUUCUUAGGGGCAUAGAGGCUACGCUUUGCGGCCGUGACAUAACAGCAACAAUCCUGGAUCCGGAUGCAGCAGCUGCAGAAGCAGCAAAGUGUGAAGCAGCUGCAGCAGAACUUGCAGAUCCUAAAGUGGACGGACAACCUUUGUCGGAGAAUCUCAGGCCCCUGGUUGCGCAGUUUCCACUGUGGUUGCGGCCUGCCGCGAUGGAGUGGCUUUUGCUGGACCGCUAUCAGCUGGACAAGCUUUGCCAGCAGCGGGGACUAGGCGUGUUACCCUCCCGCAGCAGCAGCUCCAGCAGUAAUGAGAGACGGCAGAAGCAGCUUGUGCAGCUAGCCCAGCAAGAGCUGUACUGGCGACUAAAGCAAGAGGCAGCAGAGGUUCCCCUAGAUGUUUUGCUCGAAGCCCAGGCUGCUGCUGCAGCGGAGCGUCAAGCAGCCGCAGCAGCAGUAGUGGCAAGUGCUGCCGCUCCGCAAGACGCAGUGGUGGCGCCUGCAGCAGAGGAAGAUCCUGCCGGUGCAGCAGAUGAGGGAGUGAAGCAACCCGAGGAAGAUCAGCAGCAGGGCGAUGUUGCGAGCGAGGCGUCAGAUAUCUUCGUGUUCGAGAGGGAAGAGGAGGAGCAGCAGCAGGAGGAUGAGGAUGGCACCGCGGCCGCCGCAGCAACUGCAGCAGAAUCCCAGCAGGCCCGGGAAUCUGACAGAGAGCGCAUGCGCGCCAUAGAGCUGAAGGUUACUGAGCUGCAGGUCCAGCUUGAAAACCAGGGCGUUUCCAAAGACGAGAUCUCGAGUCGCUGCGACGCCCUGAGGCAGACUUUACUUGAGGAGCACCAAGCGGCCGAGGAAGCAGCUCAGCGGAAGGCUGCCAAGACUAGAGAGAGAAGCAGAUCACCUCACAGUCACCGGAAGAAAUCGUGA